AUGGCGGAACAGCGCAACAUCGUCGUCCUCGGCGCCUCAGCCGCGGGUCUCCAGAGUACUCACUACAUCAUGAAGCACAUCCUACCGGCCCUUAAGAAGAGCAAGACAGACGCAAAGUAUCACGUCUACCUCAUCAAUCCCUCCUCAGACUGGUGGUUCCGCAUUGCCUCCCCCCGAGUCGCCGCGUCCACAACACGCAUGUCCACGGAGCAGAUCCUCUUCGACGUGCGCCCGGGUCUGAAGCAAUACUCCAGCAGCGACAUUACCUUCAUCGAAGGCACUGCCACUGGUCUCAGCGAGCAGACCCGCUUCGUGACAUACCGCCGCGCCGGCGCCAGCGCGGAAGAAGCGCUCCCCUACCACGCCCUGAUCGUCGCAACAGGGAGCCGCACCCACCACCAAGCGUUCUCCAUGAGCGGCUCCACCAGCACAACCCUGGCUAGUGUUGCGCUCACCAACGAAAAAGUGCAGAGCGCAAAGGACAUCGUCAUCGUCGGCGGCGGUCCCACGGCCGUCGAGUUCGCAGGCGAGGUCGCCGAGCACCGCAACGGGAAACCAGGCCGGUUCCGCACCGCCCCCAAGAAAGUCAACAUCACCAUCGUCACCGCGUCCGACACCCUUCUCCCCGCGCUGCGCCCCGCGAUCGCGCAAGCCGCUGACGCCAAGCUGCGCGCCCUCGGCGUCGACGUGCGGUACGGCCAGCGCGUGCGUGACGCGUCCGAGACCGCGGGCCGCACAACCGUCACGCUCGCCUCGGGCGCCAGCAUCGACGCAGACCUGUACGUGCCGGCGCACGGCGUGGAGCCGAACUCGGCGUUCCUGCCCGCCCAUCUGCUCGACGAGAGAAAGUACCUGCGCACCAACGAGGGGACGCUGCGCGUCGACGCCGCGGGGCCGCGUGUGUAUGCCGCCGGCGACGUGGCGAGCUAUUCGCGCAACAGCAUGAUCGACAUCGUGAACUCACUGCCGGUGCUGUUCGUUAAUCUGAAGCGCGAUUUGCUCGCGUUCGAUGCGGGACUGCCGGAUGCGAAGCCCAAGGGUGUGGAUCGCGUCUAUGUCCGGGAAGAGAGGGAGAUGCAGAUUGUGCCUAUUGGGAGCGGGGGCGGCGUUGGCGCGGUCAUGGGGUGGAAGGUGCCGAGCUGGUUCGUGUGGAUGCUGAAGGGGAGGGAUUACAUGGUUGGCAUGUCUGGUGCGCCGACGGUGAGUGGAGAGAGCAUGAAGAAGGAGGUUGUGUGGACUAAGGAGGAGGCCGUUAUUUGA